AUGCACACGCUUGGUCGUAGACCUCAGUCUUCACGAGACUCUUCCUUGCUGGUCAGCAAUGUAUCGGCCAGCUGUGGUGAGGGAUAGGAGAAGAGUGUGUUUGGAGCCCUGGGUUAUUGGCCUCAUCACCUUUAUAUCCCUGAUUGUCUUGGCAGUGUGCAUCGGACUCAUUGUUCAUUAUGUGAGAUACAAUCAAAGGAAGACCUAUAAUUACUAUAGCACGUUGUCAUUCACAAGUGACAAGCUGUAUGCUGACUUUGGAAGAGAGGCUUCUAAAAAUUUUACAGAAAUGAGCCACAGACUUGAGUCAAUGGUAAGCAAUUUUCCCUCUACUUCCAGGACAUUUGCUGUCACUUUUUACCAUAGUUUUUAUCAAGAAAAACAUGGGGUGUUGGCUCAUAUGCUGCUGAUUUGUAAAUUUCGCACUACUGAAGAUCCUAAAACAGUAAAUAAAACUGUUCAACGUGUUCUACAUGAAAAGCUGCGAGAUGCUGCGGGACCCCCUAAGGUAGAUCCUGAAUCAGUUGAAAUAAAAAAAAUCAACAAGACGGAAACAGACAACUACCUGAACAAUUGCUGUGGGACACGAAGGAGUAAACCUACAGGACAGAGUCUCAGGAUCAUUGGUGGGACAGAGGUAGAAGAGGGUGAAUGGCCAUGGCAAGCCAGCCUGCAGUGGGAUGGGAUCCAUCGCUGUGGAGCAACUUUGAUUAAUGCCACGUGGCUUGUGAGUGCUGCUCACUGCUUUAGAAUAUAUAAGGACCCAGCCAGAUGGACUGUUUCCUUUGGAGUAACGCUAAGACCUAUGAAAAUGAAACGAGGUCUCCGGAGGAUCAUUGUCCAUGAAAAAUACAAAUACCCAUCACAUGACUAUGACAUUUCACUUGCAGAGCUUUCUAGCCCUGUUCCCUACACAAAUGCGGUACAUAGAGUUUGUCUCCCUGAUGCAUCCUACGACUUCCACCCAGGUGAUGAGAUGUUUGUGACAGGAUUUGGAGCACUGCAAAAUGAUGGUAACAGUCAAAAUCACCUUCGGCAAGUACAGGUGACUCUCAUAGACACUAAAACUUGCAAUGAACCUAAAGCUUACAACGGUGCUAUAACUCCUAGAAUGUUAUGUGCUGGCUUCUUAAAAGGAAAAAAAGAUGCAUGCCAGGGUGACUCUGGAGGACCACUGGUCAGUGCAGAUGUUAGAGAUAUCUGGUAUCUCGCUGGAAUAGUGAGCUGGGGAGAUGAAUGCGCGAAACCCAACAAGCCUGGUGUUUACACUAGAGUUACUGCCUUCCGGGACUGGAUCACUUCCAAAACUGGUAUCUAA